GGCACCUCUGCCUGGAACUGGCUUUAUGAAGAUAUUAAUGUGUGUAAAUUGGUUUCUUUGCAGGACAAACUGUAUUGCUAGUUUAAGGUUGAUUAAAAUGAGCUGGGUUUGAGCUUUAAGACAUGAAUUUGAUCAAAGUUAAAACGCUGAAAGGAAAAAUGGGUGAUUAUAUAAAUCAGAGAGCGCUACAGUAAAUGGAGCACUCAAGGCUCGUGUCCCUUUUGUGUAAUUGAGUUCACAGAGUGGUCAGUGGAGCGUGUCGGAGUGUUCUCAUGAGCUCAGCAGGAACGGCCCAUCCUGUGGCGGAUGGCGCGAUGAACUCUUUACUUUUCAUUCUUCCCCUCUACUGCUCCUUGUGGCCCCUCCAUGUCACAUCAUGGAUUCGGUCUAUGUGAAAUAUCUUUCCAGACUUCGCUACACAGAAAAAUAGCGUAUCUGUGGGAGUGGAAAUGCACUUACUGUGUAAUUUGUCAUUGACCCUUGCUUUCACUUCACUAAUAAAGCUUUAUUUCUUCUUUCCGUUCCUUCUUUCCUCUUUUGUGCCUUGAAGGUUGAAAUUUGACAUUGUGGUAGGAAUCAAGGCCCUGGGGGAGUUUUGAGCCAACUGUGUGGUCAUCAGGGUUGGCCGCCGCAUGCAAAAUUACUGUUCAAACUUUCUGUGGCAAACUUUGCACUUCAUUUCAGUUUCUCCAACUUGGAUGUUGCAUUAUUUAUUUAUUUAUUUAUUUUUCUAACCAGUCUGCAUAUAACUAACUGUAUUGCCCUCAGGUGAAUUAUAGGGUUCGGAAUAAUACUUGAAAAUGUAGUAUUUUAUCUUUAAGACUUAUCGACUCACCCUGAAGUCCAUGCAUCUUCGAUCGACCCAUCUGGUCCUGGUAUGGGUUAAAAGUUGUUUUCUCAUUAUUCUGGUCAGGUAUCUGCAGCUUCUGUUGUUCCCCAUAUGUUUCUCAUACACAGCCAGAGAUCAGAUGUAGCAAGAAGCCUGUAGAAGAGAUUUUGCCACACGUUACUGACCCUGACUACUGUGUUGGAAUCCUCAGUAGAUAUUCUGAUCUUCAGUCCAGAGAUGCAUGCUUAUUGUGCCGGUUGAACCCUGUAGAGAAACAUAAGCAUAGGUGACGUUGUUUUAAGAAACGCUUGGUGGCAGGAUACAUUCCUUGUUGGUCUCUCUCUUUCUCUACCUCACGGUCUUAAACUGCAUCCCCUUUCUUAAGUAUCCUUUUCCUGCAACACUGUAUCUGUGUGCAUUCUGUGUGCUUCGUUGCAUUGUUCCUGGGAAGGAAUUUUACAUUUGUAAACUUGGCUGACUCCCACAGAUGCAGGAGAUAUAAAAGUGGUAGGCUUUAUGUAAACACAAGCAGUAGAUUAAUUGCUUUGUUUAAGAAUAUAACCCAGUAGACCUAGAAACAUGCCUCCAGAGGUCCAUACCAACAUCUGGAUAAGGAACAAACAUGCACACACACACACUUUGUAACAAAUAAAGUAUCUUUAAAUGUAGACAUAAACGUGGACAAUGGGGUCCAAGCACUGAUCAUAAAUAGACGUGUGUUUGACCGAUCACAGGAUCUCAUUCAUUUAGUAUAAACAGGUGACUCCCUAAAUGAUCGUUAGGUUAUCCAAUCAGAGUUCCUGAACUAAUUUGUGUCAUGAUGUCACUUACCAAUUUUUGUACAAUUCACUUUACAAAUCACUGAGAAUCCUUUUCAAAUAAAAUAGUGUUAAAUAUUGUGCAAAAAUAAAAACCAGUAGUACCAGUAGAGUCUGAGGAAUGCAAAGAGAUUGCGGAGGCCCAAGACGAAUAUCUUCUUGUAGAUAGCGUAGUUGGAUUAGUGGGUGGGAUUAUGGGGUAAAAUACUUUUUAAAAUAAAAAAUUAUAGAGAGAUAGAUUUACAGUCAUGUGGAAAGAAAAGAAGUACUCCCAGUGGAAAUUGUUGGGUUUUUUGACCCGUCUCAUAUCUAGUGUCUGGUGUUCCCUUUGUUAUUGAGGUGUGUGGUGUCAUCAUGCCAAGAUCUAAAGAGUUCUGUAAGGGCUUCAGAAAAAAGUGGAUGCCUAUGAGUCUGGCAAGGGAUUUACAAAGAUCUCCAAAUUGUUGGAAAUACAUCAUUCCACUGCAAGGAAAAUAAUCUACAAAUGGCACAGAUUUCAAACCCAAGCCCAAGAGCAGACCGUCUGAUGCAAAAAGAAGUCUAAAACAACCCCAACAUUUCAUCACAGGAUCUGAUAGAAAGUCUGGCAACUGUUGGUCUCAAAGUGCAUGCUUCUAUAAUCAGAAUGAGAUCGCACAAAUUUGAUUUGUAUCAAAUUUGCAUGGGAGGCGUGCCAGGAAAAAGCCUUUGCAGGACUACAGUACAGUUUGAAAAUGAGCAUAUAGGUAAAGAGCAGGCCUUUUGGAAUAAUGUGCUCUGGACAGACGAAUCAAAGAUAGAGUUGUUUGGCCGUAGAAACAGCAGACGUGUUUGGCACAGACCAAAGACAGCUUUUCAUAAGAAGCAGGAGAAGAUGAAAUUGUUAUGGUUUGGGGUUGCUUCACUGUCUCAGGGACUGGACAGCUUGCAUUCAUUGAUUCAGCUAUGAAUUCUGCAUCAUAUCAAAGACUGCUUGAAGAUAAUGUCAGGCCAUCUGUCUGAAAGUUGAAGUGGAACUGAAAGUGGACUUUUCAACAGGACAAUGAUCCUAAGCACACUCGCAAAUCCACCAAGGAAUGGCUUAAAAAGAAGAGAUGGAGGGUUAUGGAAUGGCCUAGUCAAAGCCCGGAUGUGAAUCCCAUUGAAAUGUUGUGUGAGGAUUUGAAACAGGCAGGACAUGCAAGAAAACCCUCAAACAUCUCGCAACUGAAAGAAUAUUGCAUGGAAGAGUGGUCAAACAUUCCAGCAAGCCUCGUGGACAAUAAUGCAAAAGCCUACAAGAGGUUAUUUCUGCUAAAGGGGGCAAUACUAGCUUCUCAGGCCAAGGGUGUACUUACGUUUUCUACAGAAGAAUAUCACAUCUAUUUAUAUUUCUGGUGAAUAAAUGAUUGAAAAAGCUAAUUUUCCUUACUUUUCAAAUAUAUCGACUUUAUUACUAGGCACCGUUCCAAAAAGGAUCAGAUGUUUGCUUGUCCAGAUAUGUCAAAAAAACCCAACAAUUUCCAUAGGGUGUAAUUUUUUUUUUUUUUUUUUUUUACAUGACUGUACAUACCACACCACCUCAUUGUGCAUCAUUUUCCUAUAACAGCAUGGCCCACUGUUGGUUCCUUACGGAAUUAUAUUACAUGAGUAUAACCCAUAUAAAAUAUUUCAAUAGCUACACAACACUGUUUGCUUUAUGUGAAGCUAAUGUUUAAUUCAUCAUCCACUUCCUAUUUCCUUCAACCAUGUACACAAAGCUCUAUGAUCUUUUCCAUCAUUUGGAUGUGUCUCUUAAGCUGCACAAAAAAAAGGAAUUUGUAUGUAAGAGUUGUUUACUGUUCAUGAAUCCUACAGUCUGAAGCUUUUUAUUAUGCAAAUAUUUUUCUAGCACAUCUCGCUGGUUUGCCCAUCCAAAUAUUUUCCCUGCAUGUCAAUGACUCCUCUGUCAAACAUUUGCAUAGUGUGAUUGUACAAGCGGCUCCUCCGGUGUACAGUGCUGAUACCAACGUGGCAUGAGAAAUCUUUGAAAGUGCUUGUUAUCAGUGGAAAAACUGGGUUAGGCUAAUGAGGUUUCUCUAGCUCAGGCUCUCAUCCUUCAGCCAAUUCUCCAAUAGUUGCUCGGGGUAACAGGCUAAAAAUCACCGUGGCUGCAAAUGUACGUUAAAGGCACAUUAAUAUCCUGCUUGGCUUUCUAAAGGCAGGAAAUUGUCAAAAUAGGAUGUUACAUUUGUGGGUUAUUCAGACACUUGCUUGGUAUUAUUAUGGCAUGUUUGUAUUUUGUUUCCCGCCUCCCGUGUGGCUGUGUGAGAGGAACCAGUGGCAGCUGUGUAAAGGUAACAGAUUUACACUGGGAAAUAAGUAUCUGCAUGGGGAAAUAUUUUUAUAAGUCUAUUUAACUUAUAUACUGUAUGUAUGUGCUGUUAUUAAAACACCUUCUGUGUCUCCCUCAAAUGCUUUCAAAGAAAUAUCAGGAGGUAAGAAUGCAUCUGAAAUAUUGUGAGAUGUUGUCAUUUAUGCUGUACUGCAAUGGCUGAGAUUUGUGUUAAACUGUGUGGUGCAUGUGUUGAUGUUUUUGUUUCCUUUUCCGAGUGUUGAUUUUUGCUUCUGUUUUUAAAAAUGUCACACGAUGAACGAACAUCACUGGUGGAAUCUGCUUUUCCCUAUAAAAGCAUUAUUAUUUGUUCACCGUUCUUCCCAAGCUCUUGUAUUUUUUAUAAUAGCACCACAACAAAACAAAACACAAAAAGUCGACCUGUUUUUCUGUCUUCUCUCUGCAGUUGACCAAAGCAUGUUUGAGAACUCAAGUGCAGGUGAGCAGCUGAAGCAGGCGACGAAGCCGAGCUCCAUCUCCGGCCGCCGUGACGUCUCCUCUCCAGGAGGCCAAAAAAGCAGCACACACCUGAAGAACCUGGGUAAAGCCAUGGGGGCCAAAGUCAAUGACCUGCUGCGGCGUAAAGAGCCCGGCAGCCUGGGGGACAUCGGGGUCACGGAAGUCAACAAGAACGUAGGAGCAGUGUGGUCCAGCCACAAAGUGACUGUGAACAGCCACAUUUCACUGGACCCCUUCCCUCGCCUGGAUCCUCCACCUCCCACCAAUAAGAAGCGUCUCCCUCGCGCUUUGAAGACCACUCAGGAAAUGAUGAUCUCCUCUGACCCUGUGGUGGCCUCUCCAGAGCUCUCAGACUCCUCCUUCUUGUCCUCCCCAGAGAAGAUCCACCAAACCAAAGCCCCUGCGCAACCUGAAGAGCCUGAAGAUCAAGUGCAACCCUCAGGAACUGAUAGUGCUCCGGAGGCCCUGACAAAAGAAGAGAACAGAUCAGGCCAGUUUGCUGAUAUGGAUGGCAUCCAAACAGCAGACGAAGAGAAGGAACGAGGCACUGUGGAUGAAGACCAGUCGCACAUCCUGCUCUCUGUUCCAGAUCUCAUCCACAAGGACGGCCUAGAGCUCAAGCAGAAAAUGAGCAGCUCUGAGAGUAGAAUGGCGUCCACGCCGCGUCCAGGCAAAGGAGACCGUCGAAUUAGCAUGAGCGAGGGAGAGCUUCUUCAGAACGGCUCAGUGGGACACAUGAGAACCUCCAGCACGGAGAACGAGGAACCACACCCAGACCUGCUUUCAUUUGAAUAAAAUCUUGAGCAUGUUUGAGAUCAAUGUCACGAUGAUCUUCCUGAUCAAGCCGGUCUUCGUCGGUCUUCUUGAGAGAAUCUUUCUCUGCGAGAUGUUGGUUUAACUGAAAAGGCAGUCACCGAUGCUCGUACAGGAGAACCGCGGGCCUUAGGGGAACCAAGCAAAGUGGAUUUAUCAUCGUGACAUUUCUGUGAACCACUGUAUUUUCUGUGUGUGCACUAUAAUGUGUUUAUUAUGUCUCACUUUAUUAUGUAUUACCACAGAACUAUUCUGAAUAUUUUAGCCUAAUUAUUUUAAUAACUCAAAUCACUAUUUUAGAUUUUUGAAGCUUUUCCUGCACCUGUCAGUACUUCCAGCCAUUUCAGAGAUUAUUCUUGUUGUGCAUUUUAUACUAAAGGAUUGAAACAGCUGGUCAGUAAUAGCCAAAGCGAGGACAUUUGAUUUGCUGUAAUACUUCUAAAGCUGUGCAUGUACUCCGUAUCCCUGUUCACGCUGCUAAGCGAUGCAGAGCCUCAAUACGGCCACAGCGCCAAGCGAUAUGCAUUUAAUUCAGAUUUAAAAAGUGCACUCAGAACAACAUCCCCGCUCAGAUUAGUGCUUUAGUACCGCUCUUAAUUAAACGUUAGCUACGUUUCCAUCCAAGUGAUUUUGUUUCAAUUUUGCGACGUUUAAAUGUAAUAUUUUACACAUCGGCAAAACUUUAUUCUUUUUAACGUUUGUCGAUGCGUUUGCAAAAUAAAUAAAUAAAUAAAUGUUUUCAAUACAUUUUUAUUUUAUCGCUUGUAAUAUGCAUAAUAAUGCGUAGUGUCUAUGAAAGCUAAGCUACUGGGGUUGACAUAGAGAAUGAUCUGUGCACUACCAAAGCUAUUCAUAGUAUUAUGUGAUGGCACAAAGGCUGAGAUUUUUAUUUAUUUAUUUUUUUUUUUUUUACGGAGAUCCGAUGGUGACAUGUAUGGUCAUGGCAUAGUAAAGCAUUAGUUUCAUGUCCCCACUGGGGCUCUGUACUACUCCAGUGCAAAAUUUUGUAAUGAUUUUGAGAUCACACUCCUUUUUCGUUUUGCUUUUUUUUUGUUUUUUUUUUAAAUAUAUAUAUAUAUAAAGGUUAAUAAACUGCUGUUCAGAUUUCCAGCGUCCAUACACCAGAUCCUUAGUGACCAGUUUUAUGGGUGGUUGACUUCAGGGCACUUUAAAUAACAUCUUUUCUUGGGCAUUAUUACAAUAUUCAGACUAACUUUACAUUAGUCUGUAUGCAUUUCCCAGUUUUUAUUGGAACUGGGAGUGAAAUCUCAGACUUGCUGGCUAGUUUUUGAACACAGAGUCAGUCUCACGUAUCAAUCUGAAUAAUCUCACUCCGAGAUCUGUGUAUCAGCAGUCAGGCGGAAGAUGCUGGAAAGGUGAGAAGCAUGGAUAAGAAAUGUAGGGGCUGAAUGAGCAGAAAAAUAGAAAAGAUAUUAAGGUCUUCACUCUUUUGACCUGAUUAGCAUGCUAAUGAUUAUGCUAGGAGGUAGAUAUUUGGUAGAACUACAGCUAUGUGUUAAGGCUGAAGGAAGUAGAAAGUAAGACAUGGGUGUAUGUAGAACCAAAGCAAGGUCCAGGUAGCAAGCCUGUCAGAAAGCCUGGCCAUCCAGGAGGGAAGAUAAAGCAGGACAGAAUGAGGCCCAGGAAUCUGAGUGCAGGAUUCUGAGAGAGAGGUUCUCAAGCACAGAGCGUACAGAGUGCUGCUGACGGACAGUCAGAGUGACGGCCUGCUCGGGGAAUGGCACUAAUGAGGCUCAGGCAGUGGAAAGCCUGGAGGGAAGGGCCUGGAGAUGAUAAGGAAUGUCGUAACUCGAUUUACACCGUAGCGCUGUUGAAUUCUCAGUUCUGAUUGGACAGGAGGUGUUGAUUCAUAUUCUACUUCAACAGCCGCAGUAGAAGCAGUCAGUAGUGUUCUCUGCAUGGCAAAUCGCAGCUUUCUAUUAAUGCGCAUGUUCUAAUACAUUAUCCUUUCCAUAGCAGCGACUUGCGCAAGGACAAAAACGUGUAAUCGUUUGAAGAUUUCUGGAAGGAGACUUUUAUUUCUCACUUUGAAAGGCGUCUCCGCUGUCAAUACUUUGCAACGAUCAGACGUAAAGCUGUGCCUUAACAUGUUCCGACACUGGAAAGUCUUCAGGAUGAAGGACUUUGCGUUUUCUCAGUAACAUAUGUUUUGGGGUUUUGUUUGUUUGUUUGUUUGUUUGUUUGUUCAGUUCAUUUUAAGAGAGAAAAAAAAAGGACAGAAGAACUGUUUAUAGCUGCUAUAACAUAAGAAAAUAACACAGGGAACUAACUUAUUUUCCAGAUGUUCCAGAACGACAUGCAUAAAUGGAUAAAAUGUACACGUUGUUCUUUAGUUAAAAAAAAAUGUUUGUAAACAUUACUGUGGUAUUGCUGUUAUUGGAAAAUAAUCCACUUUGCUUUUGCUUUGCGCCCUACAGCCCACUACCCUGCCACUGAUUAUUUUCCGAUAACGGCAUGCUUCCAGAUGUUUUAUCCCUAACAUAAAGCUCAGCCUGAUGUCAGUCUGGCUCGCACGAUCCUCUAGAAGCACAGUCUUUCACAUCAAACAAAACCUCCUCUUCAAGACCUUUUGACCACGUCAAAAGGUCUCCACUCGACUUUCUCCCACUCCCAGUGCGUCGACGUUAUAGAAUACUUUUCCGCCGUUUUAUCAGGGACAUCAUGCAAUAUUUAGUCAUUUCAAUACGGUUAGAAUGAAUACCGAGAUGAUUCAUGGAUGAGGCGAUGAGCAAUUGCAGAAAGAAAAGGUUUAGAAAAGAAUUGUCGGUCAGAAUGAUGAAAAGCAUUACGUGGGUGUCCUGUUUGAGUGAUGGACUCAUUCUUCUGUUCAAACUGUCCUUCACGAUAAUGGACCGCUCUUAUAAAUGGAACCUCGAUACGCGAGGACACGUUUCAUUUCACCUGUGAGUCAGCCUUUUGCUGCGCUAAUGCCGUGCGCCUUCGCUGUACGUGCCACUGGGUCGUAAAGUGUAAAGUAACAUUAUUGUAUGAAUAUUUUAUGAUACUCAAAUGUAUAUGUGCUU